AUGUGGUUGAGCCUCUUAGUCCUCAUAUCCUUAGUGUCUUGUGGGAAUACUUUCUGGCUACCUUUUGAAAAUCUGCAAUCAUUACUGGAAGAUCUGCAAAAUGCAACGAUUAAACUCGGAACGAGUGAAUCCGGCAUUUCCUUUAGUCUCUCCGACAUAGCUACAGAUUUUUUCUCCGGAAUACGUCGAUUUUUCUCAAGAAUCAAUGAUCAGGACAAAUAUGUCAUUGCUCAAGAAGUGCUUGAUUUCUUCAACGUAACUACGGAAGCUUCUUUUGUGGAUAUAUCGUCAGAGCAGAUCAGCUACCCGCUACCGUACAUCGAGCCUACCGUAGCGAUACAGCAGCAUACGGUAGCGACGACGGCUCCGAUGCGAACGAGGCCGAUGAGAACAACAACUCAAGCACCUUCGUCACAGCGUUACACGGCCUACAGUCCCGUGAUCAUUUGGCCCACAACUGCUAGAACAACUACCGUGCUGAGGACGUCGCGAAGACCGUUCACUUGGAGACCGGUGACACCGCAUUUGCAAAGGUCUUCACCUUCAUCCGUGACACCCUCUUUUGUUGAGCAAGCUUUUGCUACUGAUUCCACAACCACGGACAACAUUCCUCUUAUCGUCAAGGCUAGGAAGUUUACGAGACCACCUAUCGUCAUUGAUUCGCCAACGGUAGCGCUGUCACAGCUCAAACUAACAAGCAAAUACUGUCAAACCGGCAAGAAAUGUCAUGUGGAUCUGCGCAGCUUCGAGACUACAGAUCCGGUAUUCCAUUAUGCCUACAGUCAUUCUUCAGCGUCCAGUGAUCACGUGCAGACGGUUUUACGAGAAACGCAAGCAAUGUCUUUUCCUGCUCCACUCUCUUGGAGGGGCUCUGUGGCACCAGAAGUUAUCCAACUGACAAAACUGUUGAUGUCACUAUAUCAGCCUUCUAGGUGUCUAAUUAUAGGCGUAUUCACUGGCCUCGGUUUGCUGGGCAUUGCGGAGCAGGUUGGGUCUGGAGGUCUAAUCGUUGCGCUCGAACAUCCUUCCUACGAACAGUUCUGGGAGAAUGUUGGUUCGAGAGUUGCCAAAACAAUCUCCCACGCCUACACUCCACAAAUUCAACUGCUUUCGUCGGAACCGAUCGAAAAAGCGCUCUCGAGAUUGGCCGCUAACGAGUCCAACAACUUUGAUUUUGUAUUUUUGGACGAUUUCAAGCGCGACAAUUAUCUGGACGACUACGAACAUUCGAUCCGUCUUCUGAGAUCGGGUGGUUUACUAGUCAUAAAUCAGGCCUUGAACGAUGGUGGAGUACUCACAGGUGUUGAGAUGAUGACCGAAAGUGAUCGUAUAAUAUCAAUGAUGAAUGUACGAAUAAAGGAAGACGGAAGGGUGCGUGCAUCGCUACUACCAUUUGGUGGAGGAACUUGGAUAAUAUCGAAGAAGUAG